CAAUGGCAACCGCUCUCAUCACGUUUAUUCUCGCCAACAACGCCUACGCCGCACCGAUCCUCCCCUAUCCUCUCAACGCCACCAGUUUGUCGAUAAACGUAUCCGAAGCGUGCAAUGACCUUCGGAAUUGCCGUACUCUGUGGAACCUCGUUUACAGCUGUCUCCUAACAAUAUUUAUCUGCGUAUGGACGGCUGUGCACCCGAAUGUUGAGCAUCACCGGCGCAUGAAUCUGAGCAUGGGGGAUCGCAUUGAAGAGGAGAUGGAGAGACGUGAUCGUUUCGGCUUAAUGAGGAGGUGGACACUUGUGCAUUCAUACUUUGUCGAAAUGGGAGGUUUCAUCGACCCAACGACACGUUUCUUUCGUCGACGUGAUCCCUCUUUCUUUGGCCAAUACCCUGGCAUCAUUCGGGGGACGGGAAAUCGUCGGGUUGUCGCAGUAACGAAACAGGAAAUUCUCCACAAAAGCAAGGGCGAUUUUUUAUCCAAGUCCAUUGUAUCUCUUCAAUUGCUAUGGUUCAUCGUUCAAUAUGUGGGGCGAUGGGUCGGACAUUUGCACAAAUCGCAGCUCGAGGCAAUGACGCUUGGAUACUCCGCACUGAGCAUUAUCAUCUGUGCGUUGUGGUGGCAUAAGCCCCUUGAUAUCCGUUCGCGAAUUCAAGUGACGCCAAGAGGGGACCCUACUCACCUUCCGACUUCGGAGGUCAAUGUCACUCAAGUACCUCUUCAAGUAGAGAAUGAGUCACAUUCACCGUCACUUGCGGCCAGAGCCAUUGGCCGAGCUUGUGACGCAUUUGUUGAAUUGGAUGCAAGUUGGAUAUUUGUACUCACCGGCGCCAUCUUCGGCGGAAUUCACUGUUCCGCGUGGUCCUUCCCCUUUCCAACACACGCGGAAUCACUUAUAUGGCGCAUUUGUGCAGUAUCUAUUACAGUAGCUCCUGCUCUUGGUAUCGGUGGAUCACGAAUGUUGUACAAAACGUUUCACGGUUCCCACUCAGACUUUAGUCGGGCCAUUGGGACGGUUUAUGUUGUCGCCCGGAUCAUCCUCUUCGCCCUGACGUUCGCAUCCCUCCGCUCUCCUUCUCCUUCUCUAUAUCGAACGCCACCUUGGUCUUCCUUUCUUCCCCAUCUCGGAUAA